AUGGAAGAAAUCCCGGGGGCACCUGGUGAAAAGGGAGCUCCAUCUAUCCAACCUGGCAAUCGCGAGCCCAUUCCCAACGAUGAAGGGGUGGAUUACAGCUUGCGAGACAAUGAUCUUAGAAAGCACCUCACUGAUAAGAAGAAGAAAGCCUCUUGGGAACCGGAAGAUUCUCUGUCCUACUCCCGAGAGUUUUCCAACUCAAACCUGAAGGCUCAAUCGAAGUACAAGCCUCUAAUACCAGAAGCCGUGAUCAACAGGGAAGAAUUCGACCUGAUGAAACACAGGUUCGAUGAGCAGGUCGAGGCACUCAAAGCCAGGUGCGAGAAGAAGGAGAGCCCGUUUGACGAUGACGACUUGGGAGAAUCGCCAUUCACCUCCGAUAUUAUGGAGGCUCCAAUCCCUCCGAAGUUCAAGACUCCCACCAUGAAGCCCUAUGAUGGGUCAAAGGAUCCCAAAGACUAUGUUGAGGUCUUCGAGGGCCUCAUGGAUUUUCAAGCGGCAACAGAUGCGAUCAAAUGCCUCGCCUUCCAGAUCGCGCUCACCGGCAGCGCGCGCCUAUGGUGCCGGAGACUGCCGGCCAGGUCGAUCUCGACCUACUCGCAGCUGAGAAAGGAAUUCAUUGGUCAAUUCUCCUUUCGGCAUUACGAUAGAAAGACAGCAACUCACCUCGCCACCAUUAGACAGAAGGAAGAUGAGACCCUCACCGUGAAGCUCGGAGAGGAGGCUCCAGCAACCUUCGCUGAAGUUCUGCAAAACGCAAAGAAAGUCAUCGAUGGACAAGAACUCCUCCGAACCAAGACUGACCGACCUGAGAAGCAGAUCGACCAGAAGAGGCUAAGCCAAAAGAAGAGGAAGGAUGAUUCUAAGUCUAAGGACAAGGGAUCGUCCUCUUCUGGCAGCCGAACCGAGUAUCGUAGGUCGGAGAGCGGCCCUAGCCGGAGCCGACCUUAUGAACGUUGCUGGGAGCUGAAGCGCCAGAUUGAAGACCUCAUUCAAGAUAGCUACUUCAAAAAGUUCGUGGGUAAACCGAGGUCUAACUCGGUCGAAAAGAAAGAAGAGAGGAAGCGUUCAAGGACGCCGCCUCGACGAGAGGACCGACCUGCGGUCAUCAACACUAUUUUCGGAGGUCCAAGUGGGGGCCAGUUCGAGAACAAAAGGAAAGAGUUAGCUUGCGAGGCCAGGCGCAAGGUAUCCAUUAUCAGGGAGCAGAAACCUACUUGCUCCAUUACCUUCAAGGAUACCGAUCUGGAGGGAGUUCACUUGCCUCAUAAUGAUGCACUUGUGAUCGCUCCCCUUAUCGAUCAUGUCUUGGUCAGAAGAGUGUUGGUAGAUGGAGGCGCGUCUGCCAAUAUUUUGUCCCUCCCGACAUAUCUGGCCUUGCGGGGGACCAGAUCUCAAUUGAAGAAAAGUCCAACACCCUUGGUUGGAUUCUCUGCAGAAUCGGUCUCUCCUGAAGGGUGUAUUGACUUGCCGGUUACGAUUGGGCAAGAUAGUACACAGGUAACUCAAAUGGCUGAGUUCGUGGUGAUUGACGGCAGAUUGGCCUACAAUGCCAUCUUCGAGAGACCCAUCAUCCACUCAUUCCAGGCCGUCCCCUCCAUAUUGCAUCAAGUCCUGAAGUACUCAACCCCGAAUGGAGUGGGCACGGUCCGAGGUGAGCAAAAGACUUCAAGGGAGUGUUAUGCAUCCGCACUUAAAAGGUCAUCAGUGUGUGCCCUGGAAGAGCAAACCAGUCAAGACGACCUUCCGAGGGAAGCAAAAGGCAGUUCUCCCCACCAACAGAGGAGCUCGAGCUUGUUCCCUUGCUUAGCCCUAAAAAACAAGUAA